CCGAGACUCAUGGGCCUAAAGUCAAGUAAAUUUUUAAAAAUCAUUAUGAUUGGUUACGACUUGACCACUUUGGUCCGAAAGCCAGCAAACUAUUAUUUCAACGUUGAACUGUGUUGUUGUUGUCAUAUCUCCGAUCAUCAUCAUCAUCGGAACAAAGAUGCAGAAGCUGAACGAGCUCUUAUCUGGUGGCGGAGACGGAACAAGCGAUAGCUUCUUUGAAGAUGGAUCGGAGGGUCUCUGUUCUCUCUCCCCAACUCAGAGAAUGUACGGAUUCGCCGCGUCUUUGGCCGCUGGUUUACUCCUCAUGUUUCUGUCCAUGAUCGUGUUUGUUAUCCCCAUCAAGUUUGCACUGCUCUUCACAUUUGGAAAUGUUCUCGCUAUUGGAAGCACAGCCUUCCUCAUGGGACCUGAGCAACAGAUAAACAUGAUGUUCGACCCUGUUCGUCUCUACGCUACUUCCAUCUAUGGUGGAUGCGUCCUUCUUGCUCUCAUUUGCGCUCUCUUGAUCCACAGCAAGAUUUUGACAGUGAUUGCAAUCUUAUGCGAGACUUGUGCACUUAUUUGGUAUAGCCUCAGUUAUAUCCCAUUUGCACGAAGAAUGGUCUCUGAAAUCAUGAUCCGUCUCUGUGACACCGAGCUAUAGUCAUCUGAGAGGCAUACACAACCUCGCUUUUCUACUGGUCUCAAGAAUUUGAGAUAUGAUUCUUCCUCAACACUUCUUGUUUUUUUAUUUGUUUGGUUUGACUCUGUGGUUUGCAGACUCAAAUUGUGUUUCUUUUGUUAGUGUCUUGAAGCUCUUGUGUGUGUGUGUGUGUGUGUUUUGUUGCUUCAAUGUCCUUUGCAGCUUCAGACUUAACCGUCGCUUGACAUUUGUUUGAUAAGAGAUUU